UGAACGCAGCCAUGGUGUUGUCGAUAACCUCAUGCAAGAUUAGAUACGUAGAGUUCGUAGGAGACAGAAUUAUUAUUAUCAUCUACACUACGAGUUGUCACACAUUGUCACACUAGUGACUUGCGAGUAACUCGAUUUGAUUCCAAUGUACUUGAGCUUUGUAUCUUCGUAAAACAGACCAACACAAUCACGAUUAGAUCACGAUUAUUUGUCGAGUUUCUGAUCCGCGCACACAGCACUAUACCGGGAAGAUAAAUGCGCCCGAUAGGAGGGAGUGUCUGGUCCGUAAAGAGGCUUAGAAUUGUAAGAGAGUUUAGCGUUUACUAGCGCCGACAAAACGAUAAGGGAAGGAAGAAAAGAGGAAGGGAAAUCGCGACUUCACGUCGCGACUAUUCCAAGAGAAAAUGACCGUUAUGGAUUUUUUUGGUUGUGCCUGUUUGGCCUUCGGCCCGCCACUAGCCAUGUUUAUGUUCACCAUCGCCGCCGAGCCCAUCAGAAUAAUCAUAUUGAUUGUCAGUGCUUUUUUUUGGCUCAUAUCCCUGCUGCUAUCAUCGGUGCUUUGGUACGCUGUCGUUCCACUACAACAACAUCUCGCGUUUGGCCUGGUCUUUUCGGUACUGUUCCAGGAAGGUUUCAGGUAUCUCUUGUAUUGGGUGCUGCGUAAAGCUGAAAGAGGCUUGGAAAAAGUCACGACGACACAUGUAGCUGACAGCAGACACAUAUUUGCUUACGUUUGUGGCUUGGGUUUUGGCUUCAUGAGCGGUGCCUUUGCUUUAGUCAAUGUCCUGGCUGACGCAGUGGGACCUGGUACCAUGGGACUCCGUCAGGGUUCUGAAUACUUUUUUAUAAUAUCGGCUGCUACCACUCUGUGUUUCAUUCUCCUGCACACGUUCUGGGGUGUCAUCUUUUUCUUUGCCUUGGACAAGAAGAAUUGGGGACAGAUUAUCUGGGUGGUUGGAUCGCAUCUGGUUGUCUCGUGUAUGACAUUGCUCAAUCGUUAUCAGGCAUAUGCAGCCAGUUUAUUAUCUGCUUAUAUAGUAUUGGUAAUAACAACUGCACUUGCGUUUAGGAUCGUUGGUGGACGGACGCAGUCUUUAAUUCUCUGUUUCCAAAGGAACUGAGAGCUUACAAAGGUUACUUAAUAACACUCAUAGCAAAUCCAUCUCCGAUGUGAAUGUCAUAAUGACAAACAUCUUUCCCCUUUAGAUGUCAAUCUCUAACGCGCAUUCUACAAUAAGUUAUUAUUUAAGCUUCAAGUUUUGAGCCCUAAGAAAUUGGCCUGUCGUAGUCAAAUGUCAAAAGAAUAAUCGACUAUAAUUGAUCAGUUUCUUACGACUUGAGAUUUAAAGCUUAUGUAAUGAAUGGCUUACUGUUGAAAACCCAUAAGAAAAUCGUGUUCGUUACUCUAUUAUAUUAUAUUAUACAUAUUAUGUAGAGAAAGGUUUAAUAUGCAGGAUACUUUUUUUCCAUUCAGAUUAUUAAACAAGAUACUGAGUAUGCAACAUCAUUAAUUUUAUGUGGCAAAAUGUACUCGAUGAACUCGACAAUGUACAAUAUAUCUGUAUGUUGGUCAAACCGAUCGAGAGACAAAUCCUAUAAUUGCAUGUUUUGAAAUUAAUAUUUUUCAAAGCAUCUCUGGACGUUAAAGUUCCAAUUAUUUUCUUUAUAAAAGGUUCUAGCACUAGAUAUUUUAAUCAAGCUGCUGGUCCGUCCCAAUUAUAUGAUACAGGAACAAAAUAAUCUCUCAAUAAUCCAGUUUUGAUUCGGAUGACGUCCAAGUGUAUAUUAUCCCUUUAUAUCUUAAAGCUUGUAUCCUAAAGCUUGAUUUUUCAUUGCAGCUAUGUUGAAUUUUUGAUGUCAGAAA